AUGGAUAAAACGUCGCUAACAUCUGCGGAGGAUCCAACAAAAACAGAAGGAGUGGGUCGAGGUGUCGGCGCUGAGGAGAGAAAAGGCUACAGCAGGAAAAGCCCCUAUGCAGGGCGGAAGAUUUGCUUGGACGAUUUCGAGAUUGCGCAUUCAGUACUGUCUAAAGCAAAGCUUAUUGAGCACCACAAAGGAAGUGAGUUGGGACGCAUGAUUGAAAACUUAUCGCAGCUGCGUCAUCCAAACAUUUUGCGGUUUUAUAACUAUUUCUAUGACGACAACAAUAUAUACAUGAUAAUGGAAUAUGCAGCAGGUGGAAAGCUAUCCAAAGAACUGGAGAAGUGCGGCCGUUUCGCCGAAAAGCGCACUGCUAAGUACUGCCGCGAGAAGAAUGUCUGCUGCCGUGACACCAAUCCAAAGAAUAUAUACUUGGGUAUAAACGACGAGAUAAAGAUAGCCAAUUUUGGCUGGGGUAUGCUUGCCCCCACAAACAAGAGACGAAGCAUGCGUGGCACAGAAGACUAUCUGUCGCCCGAAAUUAUACAAGGCAUUGGACACGAUAACGGGCUGUGGGCAGUAGGAGUGAUCUGCUACGAACUUUUGGUCGGUAAGCCACCAUUCAAAGCACCAAUUUGCCGCACAACUCACAGGCUCAUUGUGGAUGUCAAGUACGAAUUCCCCGAUCACGUAUCGGCGGGUGCAAGAGAUCUUAUAAGCAAGCUACUGGUGAAGGAUCCGGCUGGUCGGCUGCCUUUAGAGGACAUUAUGGCACACCUGUGGAUACUCAAGCACACUAGUGGAUCGGGUACGUACUGA